AUGUCUCCCUCCUCUCUUCUCCUGUCCCUGCUGCUGGCUGCAGCGCUGCAGUGUGAGCAUGCCCAGUGCAGACGUGUGACAUGCUUCGACCGCUGCUGCUCCUUUAUAGAGGGCUUCCCCGUCAGACUGAAGGAACUCCGCACCGCCUUCUCCACCAUCAGAGACUACUACGAGGCUAAUGAUGAGCUGGAGACACCUCUUCUAGACAAGGAGAUUCUAGACCACAUCAAGAGCCCGUUGGGGUGUCAUACUAUGGACAGCAUCCUGAAGUUCUACCUCAACACGGUGUUGCCCACCGCCAUGAACAACACCAAUGGAGCACACAACUUUAGAUCUCCCAUCGACUCCAUCGGAAACAUCUUCCACGAGCUGAAUAAGAAGAUCGUCCAAUGUAGGAACUACUUCUCCUGUAAGAAACCGUUUGACAUUAACAACCUAAUCUCCUCAUAUAAAAAGAUGCAGGAUAAGGGCCUGUAUAAGGCAAUGGGAGAGCUGGACCUGCUCUUCAACUACAUCGAGGAGUACCUGGUCUCUCAGAGACCCAAACACUGA